GAAGUGAAUUAAUUCUAUAAAGAAGGGGACUUUUUAAAUUAUUACUUUUUUGCAUUUAAAUAGUUAUAUUUAAUAGUGCUUACCUUUUAAUAAGGGAUAUGUUAAAGGGGAGGGAGUAGAUAUGAUUAUAUAAAAUUGGAGGAGGUUACCCGAUUACAAGAAAACAAAACCGUCCUCGAGGCAAACGAGGGGAUAGUAUGCAAGAUUGUAUAAAAAGAGAAGUGCGCGUUUGCCGGGUUGUUGGAUAAAGUGGAUGCGCCAAAGGGAGUUUUGUGUACAGUGUGUGUUUCGAAAAGGUUGUCGUGAGUAAGGGAUUUUUUAAAUAGUCUGCAAUUUUACUACGAGGGUGAAAAUGGUCGACCUAGGAGGGUACAUCAUCAUUUUGACGAACCACAAUGGGAAAGUGAAACUUUAUGGAUCGCCCGCGGAUAAUGCGGACAGUUUAGAGGUGGGCGACGAGAUUCUCGAGGUCAACGGUCGUACCCUGGAGGAUGCGACUCAUUCCGAAGUGACUCAAUACAUCCACCAGUGCAUCAAAUCAAGGACAAUAUGCCUUCGAGUAAAAAGAAAAAAAAGUGGCAACAUGAUGGAAGAAUUGGACGGGCCAAACGCUGGAAACAUAAACGACGCUUGGGUGAUAGCAGUUGAAAGAGGAGCGAAAGAACGCUUGCAGAAACUGAGUGAUUUCAAGAGAAUACAACCUCGAGAUAUUACAGUACUCUAUCAACAGAUAAGCGAAGGAGCUGCUUCGUCAAGCGAAGGUGCUACCGAAAAAGAUGUAUCAAGCAGUCAAAUUACUGUCACACUAUCUGACAAAGAGCCUGGAACGAUUGCUCAUCCAGCAAAGCUGAGCAACGGAACCGUACCCAAGGGCAUUGCAAAAGACUUCAAUGAGGAGGACCUCAAAGAAGCAGCGAAGGCUCCAAAAGAUCAGAAAGACGCUUUAGAAAAACAACAGAGCUGUCCUGACGAACCGAUCCUUCUGAUACCGGUACAAAGUUCGAGAUUUGGAGAACGAAGAGCCAGCAGUCCCUUCCAAAAUGGAAGAACCGAGGUCUUGAUUGGAGAAUCCGAAGGUGGCCCGAGGUCACCUAGAGGAUCCACUUCUUCGGCUAUCAAUGAUAACAAUUUCCUGACAACACCAGAAGAGAAGGAUUAUCCAGAACCAAUUUGCAGGUCUCGAAGGCGUAGCGCAGGUGGCGUGACAGAGAUCCACCUGCAGCAAAACCAACAGCAACAAUCGCAAUUGCAGGAGAAUAACAACAGCAGCUCGCGGGAUACGAAGGAGUCUCGGGAGGGUUUGGGGCCCGAUGAAAUGUGGGCCCCAGGAGUCCUGGGUCACCAUCGGGAACUGCCCGUCGAUGUCCCCGACACUCUUCUUCAACAGGCUUAUCCCAACAAGGUAAAGAAAGGUUCAUCCCCCUGUAGGAACGAGCCUCGACAAUCCCGUAGCGCUAGCGACCUUUCCCUAAUUCUCAAAAACGAAACCCUAAAAAACUCAACCCUAUCUCGGAAGAGGCGCGAUCCAGAAAGCUCUCCUCUCGUUUCCGCACUCGAGACACCAAUCAUGACCAUCCAGCUGAAAAUCGCUAACCCUACUCAAGACCUCAACUCACGAGACAAAGUGAACGAGGACGAUAAAACGAUGCACAAUCUACAAGACAACUCCACUAACUCGGCAUCACCUGACUUAAAAGAUCCCCUCAAAAGUUCCGACGACGAGGAGGACGAUCAUUCACAUCAGAAAGAAUCAAACGUAGAUGAAGAAGAUUACCCCUUCGCCAAAGAAGACUACCCCACAAUGUUAAAAAGCUGCAGUGAUGAUUCAGCAAGUCCCAGAAGCUCAUCCGGCAGAUCGGAUAGCACUGCCCCUUUGGAUUCGAGUCUCCCCUACGAUGUCAGGAGGAUCGAUCUAGGCUCUCCCUGUAGAGCCCUAGUACCUGAGAUCAAAGUUACCCCUCUUUUUACUCGAUCCAGAGACUCCACUUCCUUUGAUAACCCUGCUUACGGACUUGCAGACCUCCAGGAUCUUCAAGGGUUUCUCAUGAGGUCAGACGAAGUCUCCGAUCUCACAAGAUUGAUCGACGAGCAAGUCCUCAACAGGAAACCUCAACCCUGGAAGGAGGAGAUCACAGAGUCUCUUAAAUCAAAUCCUAAUCUAGAGUCCAAUGUUAAUGAUAUUAUCAGCGUGGGAUCCACCAACGAUCUCAUCAGUGUCGAACUCACAGGACUUUCUUCAAAGCCCAAGAAAAAGAAAAGACACCAACAAUCGAGUGGGUAUUCUACCCUUAGGAGUGAGGCGUCCACCGAAUUUGACCAGGUUGACUCCUUCCUCGUCGUCGGGAACAAAAACUAUCGAGAGGUCGCUGUUGAUUGUCCGUCAGACUUUGUCCCAGUGACCAAGUCUCAUCCGGUUUAUCCACCACCAAACAAGACUCCCACUAACAGCAAAGUCAAAAGUCUCCUUGUAGACAGCUUAUUCUCCCUCAAGCACUACAAUCACAAAUCCUCCAUCUUGCAGGGGGUUUUCGAGGUAAAGGCUGGUCUCAACGGGGUCAAACCUGCCAUUCCUCCCAGAGAUCAGAAAAGAGCACCCGCCAGACCACCCAAGGAUAAUUUACGUCUUUCUACUCAAAACAACAAUGUGGAGCCCAUCUGCGAUAUCGUCAACGCCGAACCUACCCAACAGCAGCUUCAUUCCAUUAGAAAAUAUAAGGAGCAACUGCGAAGGCGAAAAGAUGAAGAGGAGAAGCAGGAAUAUCUCACUCGGUCCCUUCGUGGCUCGAGAAAGCUCCAGGCCCUGGAAAGUCACGCGACAAACCUCUCUGGACAAGAAAAUCUUGCAUAUUCUCAGGAUGAGGUGACUACGGUAGGACGGGCUCCCGUCACUCCAAACCAUGCCUCUCAAGACGUCGAGGAACCCCCGAGACCACUCACCUACGGAGAAGUCGUUGCAAGUCUCGAAAGGUUGCAGCUUCAACUUCGAAGUAUAUCCGGUGCUUUGGGAAUUUCGGGACCAGGUGUUGAAGCCGAAUUGGAAGCGGUUCGAACGCUUUUGGUUCAAAGGCGAUUUGCAACUGCUCUGUCGACUCAUCAUGCCUUGAAAAGUCGACUCAGAGCUGGAAAGGUUCUCAAAACUUAUUCGGCAGAUGCUUCUACCCUUGCUCGAGAUUGUGUCGAAGUGCUGGAGCAAUGGCAGUCAUCAACGGCUGCAAAGGCAACGGCAGCAGGGGAAACGAUAGCAGCCGCAGAGGAACUAACAGCCUUACUAACUAGUUAUGAGAUGGAGGGUCUUUUCCUGGCUCACGACUCGAUUGUCUCCAGCGUCGAUGGCUUCCAGGCGACGAACUGUUCCUCAUCGCCGAGCGGUCCACCUAGUCCGUCGUCGAGUCUCAGAGACUCCCAUGUAGCUGACAAUAUCAAGAUCAUUAGAAUAGAAAAAACCAACGAGCCUCUAGGAGCCACCGUCAGGAACGAGGGAGACGCUGUCAUUAUUGGUCGCGUUGUGCGAGGAGGAGCAGCUGAUAAAUCAGGUCUUUUGCAUGAAGGCGACGAGGUGCUAGAAGUGAACGGCGUCGAAAUGCGAGGAAAGAGUGUGAAUGAAGUCUGCGACAUUUUAGCUGGAAUGCUAGGAAGUCUGACUUUCCUUAUAUUCCCAGCUCCUGUAGUUCAGACUAAUUCAAAUAGCAGUAAAAGAGAAGAGAAUCAACAGAUCCACCAUGUGCGGGCACACUUCGACUACGAUCCUGAGGAAGAUCCUUACAUACCUUGUAGAGAAUUAGGAGUGAGUUUUCAGAAAGGAGACGUUCUUCACGUUAUCUCGCAAGAAGACCCUAACUGGUGGCAAGCUUAUCGAGAAGGAGAAGAAGAUCAGACUUUAGCAGGCUUGAUUCCGAGCAAAGCUUUCCAGCACCAGCGAGAAUCUAUGAAACAAACGAUCUCCGGUGAUAAGUCGACGACGCGUGGUUCGAAAAAAUCAAGCACCUUACUCUGCGCGAGGAAGAAUCCAAAGAAGAAGAAGCGAAAUAAAUUUGGUGCUAAUUUCAACGACGAUGGCUAUCCUCUCUACGCAACUACAACCAUAGAUGAUUACGACAGUGAAGAGGUGCUAACAUACGAAGAAGUGGCCUUAUACUAUCCAAGAGCGGAUCACAAGAGGCCGAUUGUUCUCAUAGGACCUCCAAAUAUCGGAAGGCAUGAGCUCCGUCAAAGAUUAAUGCAAGACAGCGAACGAUUCGCAGCAGCAAUACCCCAUACGAGUCGAAUCAGGAAAGAGUCGGAGAUCAACGGUCAGGAUUACCACUUCAUAUCACGCUCCCAAUUCGAAUCGGACAUCCUCUGCAGGAAGUUCGUCGAGCAUGGAGAGUACGAAAAAGCCUACUACGGAACGUCCGUCGAGGCGAUACGUUCCGUUGUCAACUCAGGGAAAAUAUGCGUCCUAAAUCUCCAUCCCCAAAGUCUGAAAAUUCUGCGAAGCUCCGAUUUGAAGCCAUAUGUAGUUUUCGUUGCACCUCCAAGUCUAGAAAAACUCAGACAAAAGCGAAUCAAAAACAAUGAAAACUUCAAAGAAGACGAGCUAAAGGACAUCAUUGAAAAAGCGAGAGAGAUGGAAGAUAAGUAUGGUCAUCUCUUCGACAUGAUUAUUAUUAAUAAUGACACAGAUCGAGCGUACAAUCAACUCCUGACGGAGAUUAAUUCUCUCGAGAGAGAACCUCAGUGGGUUCCAGGAUCCUGGCUUCAGUAGCACUAAGACUAAAAAAAUCAGGCCAGUCUCUGCUUACCAAAAUCUGGACUGAGAAACCGAGUACCAGCCCGAAAAACAAAGCGAGUACCGAAUAUAAAAAUGGUUUCUGCGUUUGCAAAACACAGUGAAAUCGGUAUCGAUAGGUUUUAGAGUUUUUGCAGUCAUAUUAAUAAGACUAGAAAAAUAAUGACAAAAAAAGUGGCAUGUAAUAAACGUCGUCCUAGGUCGUAUGAAGAAAAAGCGCGCCGCAAGUUUGCUUCUCACCGUCAUUGAAGCAUCUUUUGUGUCUCAGUUUCUUGCAUCAGCCAAAAAUUUAUAAGUUUAUAACGAUAUCUAAUUUAUAACGACGUCUAAUUUAUACUCUUCUUCAAAAUCCUUUGGCACUCAAGUCGAAUUUUGUAAUAUUUGUUAUAGAAUUUUCACCGAGUUACUUCGCAUGCCCUUUUCGAUUCAUGAAUUGUUCUCUCUCUUUCUCUCUUUCUCUCUUUCUCUCAGAAUCCUGCGUGAAAACAGUCGGUCGGUCUUCUCAUCACACUGUAAGCCAAUGUCUGUUGUAAACCUAGAUUCCGAAAGUUCCCUAAAUUUAAUAACUCGAAGCAGAAAAUUACUAACGAUUUACUGUUCGACAUAGGCUAUCUCGUGACUGUUUAGAGAAAAAUCGUGUUUCUAACGUAUAGAGUCGUUAAUGCAAUAGACUUAGUCGAGUAUACCCAAGAGUCUCAAGUUUACGGACAAAGUUUCUCUCGACGCUGAUUGAUCGCAGGAACGAUGAUGCAUUCAAUUUUGCAGUGAUUUUGUUUUUCAGAAACAAGAAUAUUCAAACUUGCUGAAUAUAUUUAGGAUUUCACUUGAGUUGACUACACAUCCAUGCUAAAAGAACCUCGGAUUUUAAAUUAAUAUUUUACAUAGUAUUCAUUUCUAGUUAUCUUGGUUGUUUAUGGAAUAUAUUAUUGGUCGAGAACCUAGAUUCCGACCCUAUGUGAAAUAUUAAUUCAAUGAAUAAUUUAAAAUCGAGGUCUGCGAAGUGGUAUCCUAGUUUUAAAACGGUCACAGACAGCAGGUAGGUUUAGUAAUUUUACUUUACUCUCUGGUUUCGUAUAUUAUUCAGGGUGGCCGCUGAACCGGAGAAAACCGAGAAAUGAGAGUGAAUUUAUUUUUUGACCGGGAACUUUACAAAUUUUUAGGAAAAAAGUGUGCAACUUUA